AUAUCUAAGCUGUAAUUGUUAUAUAAUUUAAUGUUAAUUACUUGGUAUCUCUCAGUAACAUGUUAGACUUAGAUUUUUUAAAUUGUGUGUGAAUAUUUGUGUUGAACAUGUCAUUUAUUUUCAAUUUUAUUAUGUAAACUAGUAUUUCCAAUUCCCAAAAAUUUUAUUUGAAUUUUACGAAAUUCUUUUUUGUAGUGAGCCUCUGUAUUUAAAGAACCAACGCAAAAUCUCAAGUUUCAAAACCUGAACUGUAUACUAAUAUGUCAAGACAAAGCAAGUUACCCUGCUUAUGUUAUGUCUUAGUGUCUUAUAAAUAAUAUAACAUUCCAACGUUAACGAAUUCCGCAGUGUAGUAUUAAUUUUCCUGAGCAAUUAUUUAUAAAUAUUAAUUUUAUUUUAAACGAUUUUUUAUUUCUUCGUCACUCCACAAAAAAAAACGGCUUCUUACUAAACAAGCUUAGAUUAGAGUAGUAAGUCAUCAUACAAAACUAUAUUGUUCAAGUUCAUAGUUACAUAACCCCUGUUCCUAUAUCAAAUAAUGAAAUAAAGUUUCUUACAGGUUUAAGGUCAUCACCAAUGAGAAUCUUCGUUGAAAAAUUAAGUGAUACAUUGAAGCAUUUGCCACUAAAGUCUAGAGAAAAAUAUGUAAUAGCUUACGAAAAUUUUAUCAGCUGGAAAAAUAGAAAAUGUUUGGAGUCAUUCUCUGAAGAUGUGUUUUUGGCAUACUUCGAAGAACUGACGGAAAAAUAUAAGCCUUCUACGCUGUGGUGCCUUUACUCCAUGUUGAAAGCGACUGUUAAGGCGAAAGAUGACAUAGACCUGAAAGACUACACCAAUCUGGUUAAUUUUAUAAAAAUAACUUCAAAAGGUUAUAAAAGUAAGAAAGCCAACGUGCUGUCAAGUGAACACGUUCAAAAGUUUUUAGAUGAAGCUCCAGACAUUAUAUAUCUAGUGACAAAGGUCGCCCUAAUAUUCGGUAUUACCGGUGCUUGUGGACGUAGGGAACUAGCUGACAUUACUACGAAGGAUAUUGAAGAAUACGGUGAAAUGUUUCUUGUUAGGAUUACUAACAAAAAAAAGAAAACCCUCCGAACGUUUACAAUCCAUGGUCAAUUUUACAAAAUAGUAAAAAAAUAUGAAGUUCUACGCACGUCACGUGCAAAACACGACCGAUUCUUCCAAAAUUACCAAAAAGGUUUAGCGUCAUCAUCAUUAAGAAUCUACAUUGAAAAUUUAAGUGAUACAUUGAAGAAUUUGCCACCAAAGUCUAGAGAAAAAUAUGUAAUAGCUUACGAAAAUUUUAUCAGUUGGAAAAAUAGAAAAUGUUUGGAGUCAUUCUCUGAAGAUGUGUUUUUGGCAUAUUUCGAAGAACUGGCAGAAAAAUAUAAGCCUUCUACGCUGUGGUGCCUUUACUCCAUGUUGAAAGCGACUGUUAAGGCGAGAGAUGACAUAGACGUAAAAGACUACACCAAGCUGGUCAAUUUCAUUAAAAGAGCUUCAAGAGGUUUUAAAAGUAAGAAAGCCAACGUGCUGUCAAGCGAACACGUUCAAAAGUUUUUAGAUGAAGCUCCAGACAUUAUAUAUCUAGUGACAAAGGUCGCCCUAAUAUUCGGUAUUACCGGUGCUUGUGGACGUAGGGAACUAGCUGACAUUACUACGAAGGAUAUUGAAGAAUACGGUGAAAUGUUUCUUGUUAGGAUUACUAACAAAAAAAAGAAAACCCUCCGAACGUUUACAAUCCAUGGUCAAUUUUACAAAAUAGUAAAAAAAUAUGAAGUUCUACGCACGUCACGUGCAAAACACGACCGAUUCUUCCAAAAUUACCAAAAAGGAAAAUGUACCUGUCAACCCAUUGGCGUAAACAAAUUAGGGGCCAUGCCAAGGGAAAUCGCUACAUACCUGGGACUGCCGGAUGCUGAAUCCUAUACCGGGCACAGUUUCAGAAAAACUUCAUCCACAUUGAUGACUGAUGAUAAAGGAACCCAAUUAUUGUAUAAUAAUUGAAGAUAAGUUUCUAUUCUAAAAUCUUAACAUGCUUACUGAGAAGUCAAAUUGUAAAUUGUAUUAUACCUUCUCUUGUAAAAAAAUGUACCUUAUUUUAUUUUUUCUUAAUUCGGUACAUAAUAAUACUUAUUGCAAUUCUUAAACCUAAAUUCUAAAAAUUUAACCUAUAGUUAUUAGUAACCGACUAGGGUUCAGUUGCAUGACAUUCGGUUAAAAUUACGUUACGGUUACCGUUGAACUUUGACCACCAACAAAAACUACUUCCGUGAUUAAUCAUGGAUGUAUGAAUGAAUACGGUUAAAUAAAGGGUGACCUUUGGUCGAAACCCUUACAUGUGCUACUCGUUUUAUUUUUAUUGACGGUCUUUAACGGUAACUUUAACCAUCUAUCAUGCAACUGGACCUAAGUUGACAAAAAAUGAUGGCUACAUUUCGGGUCUGAACCGCUAAUGAACGGGGCCUGUAAGAAUAUAGUAUUUUUAUAAUACAAUUCAUCUACAGUUGAAUUGUAUUCAAUAGUAAAUGUAUUGAAUAAUAAUUUUAUUUGAGGGAAAUGAAAAAGUUGUGAAGAGAAAAUUAGGAAAAUUUGUGUUUUUAAUCUUCCAUAUUUCUAAAUAAAUACUUAUACUAACUCAUA